GAGCUGGUCUGCGCGCAAAGCAUAAAAUUCGCUCUCCACUAAACUAUAUCUACAAGUGCAGUAUUUAUCGUCAAUUCCCUACAACCUCUCAACAUCCAGGCGCCUACCAUGUCACCUACGAGAAAUUUUCUUGAUAUGGAGAAUGGAAUGGGCUGUCUCAGCCUAGAUGGACCUGUGAACUCCGAACGGGCACAAGCCGAGACUCCGUCGGAGAACCGGAUUGACGGUGAAUUCAUCGCGGUGCAAUGGAACGGCCCGGAAGAUCCUGAAAACCCUCAGAACUUCACAUUCGCACGAAAAUGCCUGAUCUCGGCGAGCCUGUCAUUGAUGACAUUGUGUGUCACGUUUGCGAGUAGUGUCUUCAGUGAAGUGACGGUGAUCACUGCAAAGGAGUUUGAUGUGGGAGCGGAAGUCAUGACUCUCGGCACGAGCUUGCCAAUCUUUGGGUUCGCGAUAAGUCCUCUCGUAUGGGGACCUGCAUCGGAGCUAUUCGGACGCACGCGCCCACUGUUCGUCGGCUAUGGUACAUUUAUCCUCUUCCAGCUCCCGGUGGCGCUUGGGAAAAACGUAGCGACGAUUCUUGUCGGUCGCUUUUUUCUUGGAUUCUUUGGCUGCGCACCCCUAUCAAUUGUGGGGGGUACAAUGGUCGAUAUUUGGGAUCCCACCGCCCGAGGCGUCGCCAUUGCAUUUUUCUCGAUCGCAAGUUUCGCCGGUCCAACUUUCGGCCCGAUCCUCGGGGGAUUCAUUGUUGACUCGUACCUGGGAUGGCGUUGGACUGCCUGGAUCACUAUGAUAGGCGCUGCAUUCUUCGGGGCUGUGUCGUUCGUUCUGGUACCGGAAACCUACAGUCCGGUUCUACUACAGCGUCGUGCGGCGUGCCUACGCCGUCAGACGGGAAAUCCAGCUUUUCGCGCCCCGCUAGACACGCACCAGCCGACUUGGGUUGACAUGAUUACCAGGUAUCUCUUCCGACCGCUCAAGAUGCUCUUCCUUGAGCCCAUCCUCGAUUGCCUGACCAUUUAUAUCUCACUCAUAUAUGGUAUCCUAUACCUCUUCUUUGAGUCCUACCCAGUCGCCUUCACCGAGGUACGCGGCUGGACACAACUCGGUGUCGCAGCGCUUCCGUUCCUGGCAAUUUUGGUCGGUGUCCUCUGCGGAGGUGGUCUGAUCAUCGUGGUCACCAAAACCCGAUUCGUCCGGCAGUUGGAACGGCAUGGAUAUGUCAUCCCAGAAGAGCGUUUACCCCCAAUGAUGAUUGCAGCAGUCCUUCUUCCUGCUGGUCUAUUUUGGUUCGCAUGGACGUCCAAGCCGGAGGUUUCGUGGGUCGCGCAGACCAUUGCUGGGGUUCCGAUCGGCUGUGGCAUACUGGUUGUCUUCAUGCAGGGCUUGAACUACCUGGUUGAUGUGUAUCUACCUUUCGCCAAUUCGGCCAUGGCUGCCAACACCCUCGUUCGAUGCAGUUUUGGUGGCGCAUUCCCCCUUUUUGCCACCCAGAUGUUCCACAGACUUGGGGUCGCCUGGGCGACGAGUCUACUAGGAUUCUUGACAGUUGCAAUGAUUCCUAUACCGACUCUGCUUUUUGUUUACGGGAAGCGAAUCCGAUCUUUGAGCCGAUUCUCAAUGGCCGAGGAACGCCAGUGAGGGAUGUAUAUGCUUUUUGGAGCCCAAAAUUGCGACUCAGGCCUCAAGACACUGAUCUACCUUCUACCUCUUCCGGUGAAAGGAAUACUUUACAUUAC